UUUUUUUUUUCCCAGCAUGCUCUUCUUCUGCAAAUCUGCAUACAGGACGGUUGCAAUCCUCUUAGCGGACAGUGCCGAGAUUAGGAAAGAGGCUUAUCAAGGGACGAAAGAGAAAGAGAGCUUGCAGUUUUCUACCGAUCCAGGACCUGUGCAUGGAGUGAGAAAACACAAAUCUGGUCCCAGAUCAGGACAAAACAGAGUAUAGGGCAUAAAAAGUGUGGUCGUGAAGUCAAGUGUCACAUUACUGCCUGUACCGGUUGCCUAGCAACCUCCAAAUAAUAAAGGGUAUUCGAAAGUAAGGGGGCAAGUGCACUCGACAGAGGUAAACAUGUAUCAGCGCGCGGAGAUACACCUGCCCCGAAAGAAGAAGGUACGAGAAGCAUUCCGCUCAAACACCUACAGGAUAUUUGAUGAAAACAUCCCAGAGCGAUUAAAUCCAGACGAGGUGUAUAAGGACCACAAAUAUGCAUCCCGAGACCCAGAAGCGACAGAGGCGCUAAAGACACACAAUAUCCCACAACCUUACAACGUCAAGUUCAUCAGGACCAACGUGAGGUUCCUCAAUGAGCCCAUUGUUCAUAUGGAAACUGAGAACACGAAGGACGAACAGUCUAAAUGGUGGCUAAAUACACCAGACAAGAAAGAUCCUAGAAAAACAGCAUACAGUAAGGAGAGCACUCAGAGACGUGAUUACCAACCGAUCACGCACAUUCCAGUGACCAGGGUUCGAGAGGCGAGAAAUAAGACUCCAGCUACAGGAAUAAUUCCAACUUUGGGUCCUCUUGGCCAGCCUGAAGAACUAGUGGAGCACAUGUCCUUCAUUCACCAGUAUGACUCCAGGAGAAUUCACGACCAACCCUAUCAAGGAAGACGUCACGGAGCCUUUGUGUGGAGCAAGAGGGAGGCGAUGGGGCCCAGUGCAUUCCAAGGCUCGGAGGGGCUUCGUUCGGACUCAGAGGGGAAAACAUACAAUAUGAACUCUUCCCAGCAUGCCCUUCUGUCCUCUCUGCAGAUGGAUGUGUCCACUGGGACCUUCUCCACCCAGUCAACCCCUGACCAAGGGGAACUCCUACAGCAGGAAUGACAAGAUGGCAGGGAUCCCCGCUUAGUCCGGUGAGGAUCAAAGAGACACUGGAGAGAACCAUGCUGCACGUGGGUUUGGGAAAUGAAUCGUCCCUGCCAUCUCCGGGUGUCUUAUAUCAGUUCUGUUACAAACUGUAACUUAUAAUAAAGAGAUAUAAUACAGCUCCAUUUAUUUUCACAGCUGUGUUGUGCAUUGUACUUUUGAAAACAAGUUCGCUGGCUGAAAUGAUUUUUUUCACAUCAGUAGUGAAUUAUUAAUAUUUUGGUACUGCUCCUUAUAUUUCUGUAUAUUUUAGCAACGUACUCACCUUAAAUGAUUAUUUCAUCACCCAAAUACUUAAUCUGUGGCACAAAACAAACUAAAUGUGAUAUAGCGCUUGUUCCUUGACCCACCCACUAAGAGCCUCUUGCUGUUCCAUGCAUUACAGUAAUGCCUCAUCAAAUAUGAAUGCAUUAGGGGUGCACUAUAUGGAAAACAAAUUGCAGUCCUGAGGUUUAAAUGCUUAAUGGAGAGGCUGAGUCCACCCACACAGGCUGUAUUCUCAUAACACAGAAGUGGAGCAAUCGGGUUGUUUGUUUAAGCCGUGAUGCACUUGACUUUGACCCUAAACAUUAUGUCCAAAAAAAGGCAUGUGCAGUUUUUGUCUUGUGCAUUUUAUCUUUCCCACACAAUUGUAAUUCCAGAUCAAUUAAACAUCUGUAUCUAUGUGUGUAUGUGUAUAUACUAUAUAUACACAUCUGGUUUAGGAUUUGUGUUCAAAUGUCUGAAAUGUCAGUUUGUGAGGAAACAUGUAUGUUGAUUGUAAAAGUUUGCAUCCCCUUAAGACAAAAUGAAAAAGACAAAAAUUU